GCAUGCGCGGCAGCGGCGGGCAGGUCCGUCGGCCAAGAUGGCUGCCAAAAGUUUUGCAUCCCGCCUCCGAGGCUCCCGGCGCUUUUUAAGCGGCUUCGUGGCCGGAGCUGUAGUGGGCGCCGCGGGAGCCGGACUCACGGCCUUGCAGUUCCUCCGGCGUCAGGGCGCCGAGGCCGCGUUGGCGGUGGGGGAGCCGGAAGGUUCUGCAGAAAAGACUCUCUUGGGACAAUUUGGAUUUCCUUUAACUGGAACAGAGACUAGAUGUUACACUAAUCAUGCCUUGUCUUAUGACCAGUCAAAGCGGGUGCCUAGAUGGGUUCUUGAACAUAUAUCCAAAAACAAGAUAAUGGGUGAUGCAGACAGAAAAGAUUGUAAAUUCAAGCCUGAUCCCAACAUCCCUCCAACCUUCAGUGCCUUCAACAAGGACUACAUUGGAAGUGGAUGGUCACGAGGACACAUGGCUCCAGCAGGAAAUAACAAGUUUUCAUCUAAAGCCAUGGCUGAAACCUUUUACCUUUCUAAUAUUGUGCCUCAGGAUUUUGAUAAUAAUGCUGGAUAUUGGAACAGGAUAGAAAUGUACUGUCGAGAGCUUACGGAGAGGUUUGAAGAUGUUUGGGUCGUAUCUGGACCAUUGACCUUACCUCAGACUGGAAGCGACGGAAAGAAAGUAGUUAGCUACCAGGUGAUUGGCGAGGACAAUGUAGCAGUCCCCUCACACCUUUAUAAGGUGAUCCUGGCUCGCAGAAGCCCAUUGUCUACUGAACCGCUGGCACUAGGGGCCUUUGUGGUGCCCAAUGAAGCCAUUGGCUUCCAACCCCAAUUAAGUGAAUUCCAAGUGAGUCUUCAGGACCUGGAGAAGCUGGCAGGGCUGGUGUUUUUCCCUCAUUUGGAUAGAACUAGUGAUGUCAGGAAUAUCUGUUCUGUGGACACCUGUAAGCUCCUGGAUUUCCAGGAGUUCACUCUGUACCUGAGUACAAGGAAGGUUGAGGGAGCUCGAUCAGUCCUCAGACUGGAAAAGAUCAUGGAAAACUUGAAGACGGCCGGGAUUGAACCCGAUGAUUAUUUCAUGGCGCGCUACAAGAAGAAGCUGGAGGAGCUCAAAGCCAAGGAGCAGGCAGGACUGCCGGGGAAAAAGCCGCCCUAGCGUUUCCUUCAGAAUGUGACGUCGCCCGCAUGGAGCAGUGUGCCCUCUUCAGGCUUGUGUGUUUCAGGGGGCUUUGCUUAUUAAAAAAUGAUGGGCUUCUAAAUUUAAGACUGAACUUCUCCCUAAAAGAUGAAAGAGCUAAAGCUUUUUGGUUAGUAUUUUAUUUGACAUGGGAACUAAUUGUUAAGGGAACUAACCCCUGUGGAUCAAGGGCUGCUCUGUGCAGGUUAACAGGAAGACUGUGUGCAUGAGAUGACACUGUGCUCAGGCCCCUCGGAGUGUACUGGAUGUGAAGGCAUUUUAUCUUCAUGUCUCCGAGUCAUGCAACUUCUAAUGUAUCAGCUCAGCGUUCUUAGCACCCAGUAUUGUGCGUUUUCUUUCCCUGGGACCUGAGUUGGACUUAGAGGUGGCUUUUAGGUGUCCUCUGUGUAUUAAUUACCCUGUUGACGUGUUAUACAGGAUGAGCAAAAGUAGGUUCACGGUUCAUCCAGUAAUACAAUGAUGAAUAAAUAAUAGUGCAAGAAUAAAUGGUUUCGCAUACUCACAGCCGUAAGCCUACUUUGCCCCCAUGUAUUUGUCCCUUGUUCCUCCUUGUGGAAACUGCUCUUUCUGUCGCAGAGACGCUCUUGACACUUUUAUUUCUGCUCACUCUGUGCUCUGUAUACUGUUCUGAGUACUUCACGUGUAUUACCUUGCGAUGACCCCUGAGGUAAACAUCACUGUGGUUUUACCCGUGAGGAAAUGCGCAAGCAAAUCCAAGGUUUGCCUUUCCGAGGAGGCAACCCACCAGGAGUGAGGCACACAGGACUGAGAAGAAACCCUAAGGAACGUUCAGCCCGUCCCAUGCAUGGAAGCUUUGGACUCAAACAUGUACGACACGGGUAUCUGCAAUCCUGGGGCCUGCUGGGUAAGAGGCAUCUGGUUUCUUAUCUGUCAUUGAGCCAGAGGGACUUUACUGUCCUCUGACUUGAACCCUCCUUAGCUCUUUGGGAUAAACAGUCACCACAAUUUGAAAGUCAGAGGAUGUUGCUUUGUGGGGUUUACCAGAACCCCUAGAGAUGCAGUUCUUUUCAGUGGCUCCAUGGUGCCAGAUUGAUGCGCUCCUUGCUUUCCAGGUGAGCCUUUUGUUCCAGAGGUUAAGGAACCGAAGCAGGGUCUGUGCCCACCUAUUCACCUGCUCUUGAUUUGCUCUCCUUUGUGCCUGUCUGCCUGGGUGACACAGGGAAGGUGGUGUUUGAGUCAGUGGCCCAAAGACAGUUAUCUCUGGGGGAAGCUGGCAUUUCCUGAGCCAGAUCUCUAGAUUUGGCUUUACCUGGGUUCUUUUCAUGGACCAUGCUAAGUAUAGGCAGUGAAAUACCUAAACUCAGGACCCAGAAGCUUGUCUAAACGUGUCAUAUCACUGCUGCCUUUCCAAGAGGUUAUCACGACUAUUCUUGUGCUUUAUGUUUGUCUCUAAGAAAUGCCAAGGCUUUCAGAUAACGGUUUGGGUAAAGAAGAAAGAAGUUGGGGGUCAGAACACGGUAGCCUGAUUAACACCACCCUCUUUUAUCACAUCGUUCCUUGUUAGCUUUGCCACCUUCUCUUCCCUGGGAUAAAGAGCCAGCAUGUCACUGUGACCAAAGAUCUGUUACUUUCUCUUCUUGUUGUCGAGGUGGUAGCGGGGUCCAGGUGUUCCUCCACGAGCCUGAGGGGCAGCUCUGUGGGGGAAGUCCUGGGUGCCCACUGUGUAGAGGCGAGUCUCGUCGUCUUUCCCCAGUCUGUCACCUGCUAUUCUCUCUACACCUAGAUGGCAGAGAAUCUUGAUUUUUAAAUCAAUAAAUUGUAGCAUCUUAAGUUUUUAGUUACUUUGAAAAAUGCUACCUGAUCAUUGUGAAAAACAGAGAUAGCUAAUUUCAAAAAUGUAGUCACCCUACCAUUUUUAUAUGUAUAAGCUUUGUUGGUAUACACAGUGAUGUUUGAAUUAUCUCAGUAUUUCAAUUAAUAGCCCUACCAAAACAAACUUUAAAAUGUAAAUAGUAGGCAGAACUUAGAAUUUUUCUCUGGAUCAGAUUGCUUCAGCCUCCCCUGAUGGAACUGUUAAUUAUUUGGAUUCAGCUGCAGCAGACCCCCGGGCCUCUCCGCAGCAUCGUGUGCAUGCCCUCUGAUCAAAGGAGUACCUCAUUGUGGAACUUGAGCAGAUUUCCAUCUAGUCAUUCCUUCCUGCCCAAUUGUCAGGCUGAGCCUGGGACCCUGCCUCCUGCCCCAUUUACACUCGGGGUCUGUCGGUGUGAGGGGAGGCUACUGGGGGAAAAGGGCCAGUCCGCUGGGCUCUGCUGCUGGAAGCCCUUCUGUGGGUCAGGGGCUCGCUGCCAGAUCACCAUCUACCCCCAGUGACAUCUUUAUUUCAGUCUCUGGAUUGAGACUGUGACACAAAUAUGUACAAGUAGCGUAGUUACAAGGGGUGUGAGGGAAAUGAACUCCUGGGUAACGAUGUAAUUUUAUGUUUUACUAACAUUGUUUUGACAAUGGGAAUGAAAUAAUAAUCCACAGCUAUUAUAAAAAGGAGGUAGGUAGUAUAAGGAGAGGAAUGACCUCCACUUUCUAAUGGAAAUAUUUGUUUAAAAUUCAUUUACAUGUAAUUAUUUUCUAUCAGUUAGCACAAUUCUUUUCUCUGUGACAACCCAGAGCAGGACAAUUGCCUUUUCAACAUUUCUCACCUCCAGAUAUUUGCAUAUAAUUGUUUUUUUCCCCACAGGCCCCUCCUUUUAAAAAAAUAAAAUUAUUUUUUAUGUA